AUGAAUAGUAGGUGCCAGGUAGAUCUGAUUGAUUUUCAGACACAACCAGAUGGAAAUUUUAAAUUUAUUAUGGUUUACCAAGACUAUCUAACAAAAUUUGUUCUGCUUCGCGCUCUACAAUGUAAGAGGGCGGCAGAGGCGGCUUAUCAUUUGAAUGAUAUAUUUGUAACUAUAGGAGCGCCGUGCAUUCUUCAAUCUGAUAACGCUAGGGAAUUUGUAAAUAAUGUUAUAAGUGAGCUUGCCAGACACAGUCAAAGCCAGGGCUCAGUUGAACGUGCCAAUCAAGAUAUUGAGAAUAUGAUAGGGUGGAUGAAUGACAACGCUUCAACGAAAUGGUCAGAAGAACCCAGAGUAGGACUUUCGACUUCCUCUUUGCCGCAAGAAAUCAUAAAUGAUAUUCAGGAUGAAGAUGAUUUAAGGAAGGUAAUAAAAGAUGAUCGUAAUGUUAACCUAACAGAAGAUAGAAAUGAUAACGUUGUCGAAGUUGACUGA